AUGUCGUGGCGUAUNGACCUCUCAAUCGACGGUGAGCUCUCUACCUUCUUCGAAGACUACGAAUUCAACUUGAUCAACGCCAUUGACGAUACUGAAAGCAUCGACGAUGUUGACAUCACCACCUACGUGUCUCGCCUCAACCACAAGGACUUCUCCUACAACAUCGGAGUCACAGCUAACGCUGAUGAGGUGGCAACCGUACGCAUCUUCCUGUGCCCCAAGUUGGACUCGAACGGCAUCGAGUAUACCCUCGACGAGGCUCGAUGGGGCUGCAUCCAAGUCGACAAAUUCUGGACUAGUCGUAAGUAUUCAACUAAAAAAGAUACUGGCAUAUACUGUACUCAUAAUUUUCUUCGAUUCACGAUCGAUUUCUAAAAUUCAUUAACAAUGGUUUU